AUGCCGUCGUCGAAGUCGCCGUGGUUGAUUUGUAGUAGUAGCAGUAGAAGCCAUAGGAAUUAUAGCAGUCUUUGGAGUGUAGCCCAUUUAUAUCUUACGUGCCUCUUCAGUUUCUUCGGUAUUAGUGACUCGUUUUCGCCAUAUCCUCGAUAUGCUCAUAGUGCAUUAUUGAUAAAUGAAAACAUAUAUUUUGUGGGUGGUCAAGUCUUUAAUACAACCUAUCAAACGACACUUCCUUCAAAGGACUUUUUUUAUUUGAAUGUUUCAAAAGAAUUUACCACCAUUUCAUUACCAUGGACUGAUUUGAGCGAUUUGAGUGGGCUCGCGGAGAAUAGUUGGACUGCUACUGCUGUUGGUGGCUCAAAUCAGGAUCAGCUCUUUUUAUUAGGUGGAGCACCAUGGAACAUAUCUGACCCGCUCGUAUUCAUGUUUGACACUCGAAUUCGAUCAUGGUCAACACCAAAAAUAUCAGAACUACCACCUUCCCGUCGAAGAGAAUUUUCGGCGGUAUCAGAUGGGUCAUCACAUAUCUUUUGUUUUGGUGGGCUGGAGGAUAAAGCCACGACCAAUAAACCAGACACCAACACAACUUUUUCAAAUGAGAUGGUCGUGUUGGAUACGAUAGAGUUGUCAUGGGUAAUGAAAUCAACGAUACGCGCGCCAUUGCCACGGGCUGAUUCGGCGGCCACUCUGUUGUCGAAUGGACAGAUUUUAUAUGUUGGUGGGCGGCAGGCGAAUGGACAGUUUGUUUUGAUGAAUGAGAUUUGGUUAUACGAUACUAAAUCACUUAUGUGGUCUUCUGUGACAGCAAUAGGUAAUACGCCACUAAGCCGAUACGGACACACCGCAGCACUAACUUCAGAUGGCCGUCUAAUUAUUCACGGAGGCAUUAAUGUGAACUCGACGCAACCAAAUUCUGACAUUUAUGUACUGAAUAUAGCGAUAUCCCCUUUUGAAUGGUCGCGCCCGCAAUUUGAUAAUGGAGUGACACCACGUGCCUACCAUACUGCUACGAUGGUGAACAAUUAUAUGAUUGUUGCCUUUGGUAUGGAAUCGGACACCGGAUCAACGACACUCAACAUCCUAGACGCCAAUGAUCCCACAAACUACACAUGGGUCAUAUCAUUCAACCCGGUACGAAAACCAACUCUUGAGAUGGUAACGGGCACGAAGACUGGUAAUACACGCUUAAUAGUCGCGGUGGUGGGUGGUGCAUUUGCGGCGACAUUGUUUGGAAUACUUGGGCUUUUGUAUUAUCGGCAUCGACAACGAACGUCUGCUGAACAGAAUGAGAAGACUCCUGGGUACCCGAUUAUUGAUGAUAAUAAUCCGAAUGAGCUUAGCCUUAUUCGAGAAAAUUCGAUUCCUUCGAAUUUCUCCAAUUCCACGAAUUCAAAUCAACAAGAAAACACCUUUUCAUCAAAUAUAACGGUAACACCUCAUACUACACCGCCAACUACACCAACGUCUGCACAGAUUCCUGAACAGAUGAUUAAGAGGGUAAAGCAUAAUUCAAUACCCGGGACUCCACGAAGGUCACACACAAGUGGAGGCAGUGGUGGAGGAGGGAUUAUUCCACAUGAUCUACAAUCACAGCAUUUUCAGCAAAUUUCAGCAUCAUCAUCUUCUUCAUCGAGGUCGAGACGUCAUCGAUUCUCGUUACCGAUAACAUCACGGUUGCCUAUCAGUUCGGAUCAAGUAGAUCAGACAGAACGUGCAUCAGAUCAACCAGAAAAUUUCUUUGUCACACGGGAGGUACAGACGAUAUCUGUUCCACGAUUGAGUCUGUUUGUGGUUAAUCCGGAUCUAAAUUCUGAUUCAGGUAAUGGAGAUCGAUAA